AUGUUCGCGCGGAGCGCUGGAGGGCGCCUAUUGCGAAAUGCCUGCUGUACAACCCGUCGAAUACCUACAACUCAAAUCUUUCGAGCGACUGCGCGACGAAAGUACAGUUCGACCACGAUCCCUGUGCAAGAUGCAGGUCUUGCUCCUGCGACGCAUCCUCUCGCCGGGAUCACAUCUCAGCUUGACCAGGUAGCACCUCGAUUCGAGAUCGAUCCUUCUGAAAUCGAAAUACUGGAUUCACCUGCGGCUUUUUACGAGACCUUAAAGGCGAAGAUCCGAGGGGCGAAGCGCCGCGUAUUUCUGUCCACGCUAUAUAUCGGCAAGACCGAGCAUGAGUUCAUCGCCACGCUGAGGGAAGCACUUGAAAACAACCCGAAACUAGAGUUGUCAAUUUUGACAGAUGCAUUGCGAGGCACGAGGGAAGACCCUGAUCCAUCAUGCGCCACGCUGCUUGCUCCUUUGAUUAGCCAAUUUGGAGAUAGAGUGAAGAUCUCAAUGUUCCAUACACCCAACCUGAAUGGAUGGAAGAAAAAGUACAUGCCCAAGAGGAUCAAUGAGGGGUGGGGACUUCAGCACAUGAAGCUCUACGGGUUUGAUGAUGAGAUUAUGCUUUCAGGUGCAAAUUUGUCAGAUGACUAUUUUACCAAUCGCCUCGAUCGCUACCACCUCUUCUCCUCCAAAGAACUUACAAGGUUUUAUGGUUCCGUACACGAUGCGGUUUGUGAACUGUCGUAUCAAGUAGCACCAUCCGAUGCGCGACCUGGAGGUUUUGAGUUGAUCAGUCCUCAUAACCGUGGGCUCCCUGACCCGCUGUGGCAUCCCAAAGAAUAUCGAGCAUACGCCAAACGGAUAUUGGAGCCCUUGAUUCACAAGAAAGCGCGACAGAAGAUGUUCCCCGUGCCGUUCACAGAAGAGAAGACUUUUGUCUACCCACUAGGCCAGUUUGAUAUACUCCUCGGUCAGCCAAAGAAUGUCGGAUUUCUCGACUACGAAUUUGCGCGCUAUACCUCGACCGAAAAGCCUGCACUUACGCGACUUCUCAAUAAUCUUGCAGAGGAUCCACGACUACAAAAGUCCUCAUGGAUAUUUACAGCUGGUUACUUCAACAUAGACCCAGACAUCUGCAAACUCUUGAUCGACGCAUCACCUCAGAGCGGAGCCUCGUCACACGGGGCCAAGGCGUAUGAGAAGGCAUGCACCGUAAUCACCGCUUCUCCCUGGGCCAAUGGUUUCUACGGCAGCAAGGGGGUAAGUGGGAUGCUCCCAGCUGCCUACACUUUACUCUCUCGAAGGUUUCUGCGAGAAGUUGCUAAAGCAGGUCGAGAGGAUGUGAUACAACUCAAAGAGUGGCGAAAAGGAACUGUCGGCGAGCCUGACGGCAUGACGUAUCAUGCCAAAGGACUCUGGGUGACAUUACCCUCGCAGUCGGGUCCAGACGGGACUGUGACCGAUGACGCUGGGCCGAGUGUUACCAUUGUUGGAAGCAGCAAUUACACCAAGCGCAGCUAUAGCCUGGACCUUGAGGUCGGUGCAAUGAUUGUCACGGCCGACGAAGAUCUGAAGUCGCGGCUCAAGAAGGAGACUGAGAAUCUUCAGGCGGAUGCGACAGUCACCACACAGGACGAUUUAGCAAGAAUCGAACGCAGGGUGGGCUUGCGAGUCCGGCUUUCACUGUGGCUCGUCGAAGCAUUGGGCGGCGCGCUCUGA